UGAGGGUAAUAUGGUCAUUACAGAGUAUUCUGCUGGUUCAUUACAGGAACAAGUAGAAGAAAUCAAACCAUCGAAAUUUCUUUUCUCAAACCGUACAAAGGUCUCUCUUCUGCUCCUAACGCCAUCAAUUUCAGUUCUAAGACCUCAUUAGAAGACCCAUGGAUCCAUCGGAAAUUAGGUAUUUGGAGGAUGAUGAUACUCCCAUAAAGAAAACAAUCAAAGGUGCUACUAUGGGUUUAGUUGCUGGAACUAUCUGGGGGACUGUUGUUGCCACUUGGUAUGACGUUCCUCGUGUUGAGAAACAUGUUGCACUUCCAGGGCUAAUAAGGACCGUCAAGAUGAUGGGUAACUAUGGUGCAACUUUUGCAGCUAUUGGAGGAGUUUACAUUGGAGUCGAGCAGCUGGUUCAACAUUACAGGAUGAAGAGAGAUUUUGUCAAUGGAGCUGUUGGUGGCUUUGUUGCAGGGGCUUCAAUUCUGGGGUUCAAAGGGAGGAGCAUCUCAACAGCUAUCUCUGCUGGAGCAGCACUGGCAGUGACUUCUGCAGUUAUUGAUGCUGGAGGUCAGACCACGAGAAUAGACAAUGGCAAGGAAUACUACCCUUACACCACCAAGAAAAGAUCCACUGCUGAGAGUUAAUUUCUCAACACAUUUCAGAGAAAGAAAGAUGUUGCCAAAUUAGGGAGAAGAAGUUUUCACUAUUCCCUGAAUCGUCUGUGUUUGUUUUUGGAGAUGUAAAUCAUACUCUGGGGUCCCCUUUCUCACAUCUCACCUCUUUGCGCCUGAAUGGAUCAUCGAAAAUAAAUAUGCUUCUCAUUUUUGUUCAAAAUAUAUGUUGGAUGUUUAUUUUUUCAGUUUGAGAUGACUAUUUUUAUGUGAAAACUAAUUGAAACGGACAAAUAAUGAUUAAGGUACUUGUGAAAGUGUGAAAUUAUAGAACUUCUGUUUAAUUGUUGAAAGCAAAUGAAUUUCUUGGAUUA